AUGUCGCCCCCUAAUCUUCGCUGGCUCACCGGGGACGGUCCCCAAGUCCUGGACGAUGGUGUGUCGUUUGGAAUGCCUUGGCCCAAGGGUAUGUACCCGCCAGGCCAAAACUUCGUUAUUGAGGCAAAUGGAAACCAAUGGCCGCUUGAUUCGCGUGAAAUUGCUUAUUGGCCGGACGAUUCGCUUAAAUGGAGCGCCCACUCCGUCAGCGGCGACAAUGAGAACUAUCUUUCGGUGAUUACGCCACGGGGACUUCAAGUCAAUUUUGCCCCAGAAGGUGGCUCAGCAAUCUUGAAAGACGUUGUGAUCGAUGGGCGACCAGUGUGCUCGGGAGCUACCGUGAUCGCAUCAAUCGAUGACAAGCCAUACACUACCAUUGUCAAAUCGGUCGAACUUGAAAAUUCUUCAUUCGGCAGAGUUCUAAUCAAAGUCUCUGGGGCUGUCCUGGGCAAAAACAACGAUGCCCAACUACCAUUCGAUGUGCGAUUCUAUAUCCACUCCAAUGCAUCAUCUGUCAAGAUAAUCCACUCUUUCAUUCAUGACUUAGACAGUGAUCAGCCACUCACUUCUCUCGGGCUACGCUUUUUUGUGCCAUUGGGCGAAAGUGAACUUUACAAUCGUCACAUUCGUUACGGAGGCUCUGAUGGUGGCGUUUUGAAAGAAGAGGUCAAGGGCCUAUCUGGUCUAAGACAUGGACCUACAAUCCAGAAUCGGGUGGCUCAAACAUCGGGCUACCAUGUUUCUCUAAAUGAAGCAAACUGGACCAGAACUGAGCUUACCAGGGGUCUGUCAUAUAUCCCAUCUUGGGAUUCGUAUUCACUCAGCCAACUUUCGCCUGACGGUUUCACUAUCAAGAAAAGGACGAAGCCAGAAUGUUCUUGGGUCAAGGUUACUGCAGGUGGAAGGUCUGACGGGACUGUAUUUGUGGGGUCCGCUGACAGCGGAGGCAUCCAUUACUGCUUGGCUCUACUCCCCCUUGCAGGGCCGCUGGAAACGACACCUUUUCACGAUGGACUUGGAUUAGACAGCUAUGACAAACAACUUGAAGCUCUCGAUGUGACUUACGAAGAUUUCGAACCUGGAUUUGUUACUGCGAACGGCAUCGCAAGAACCAAUCAAAUCAUUCUCAAGCCAUUCCGUGAUGUACCUUCAAAUCAUUCCUUCAGUGCAUUUUCAUCUCUUGUGCGCAACCCGCCUCGCCUAGUGGCCACUGCAACUCAUAUGCAUGAUGCCCAUGCUUUCCAUGGAUGCUGGGCCCCCGACUUUCGCAUAUCGGGGAAAGUCCCACCCCCUAAGGAAAUUCAGAUUGAGGAAAACCUCGAUCUUUUAUUCAACUAUUAUCAUAAACAAGUCGAACAGAACAGAUGGUAUGGCUUUUGGGAUUAUGGUGAUGUCCAGCAUACCUACGAUGCGUAUCGACAUGCCUGGCGUUACGAUGUUGGAGGGUUUGCUUGGGACAACUCGGAGCUAUCCACCGAUUUAUGGCUCUGGCUGUACUUUCUUCACACGGGAAGGGCCGAUGUUUUCAAAAUGGCUGAAGCCAUGACGAGACACACCGGGGAGGUUGAUGUAUAUCACUCUGGAAAAUUCAAGGGGUUCGGCACUCGACACGGGGUUCAACACUUUAGCGAUAGCUCUAAGCAACUGAGAAUAUCAAACGUUCUCUAUCGUCGCAUAUAUUACUAUCUCACAGGAGAUGAACGUACGGGUGAUCUGAUUUCGGAGCUUCAAGAAAGCCAAAAUACAUUGUUGGUGCUGGACUCACAUCGGAAAGUUCAAAAACACGCUGGCAUUCCGGAUGGCUUUGCGAUGACAAAUAUUGGUCUAGAUUGUGGUCCCCUUCUUGCUACAUGGCUAACAGCAUGGGAAAGACGAGUAGAUGGUUGGACUCGAUUUCGCGAACUUGUGUUUCGAUUGUUGGAGGGAAUUUCUAGUCUUAACCAUGGUAUCGGAAACAACUCACUUUUGCUAGAUCCAUCAAAUGGAGAAGUACGAGAAUGUCCACCUCCAACCCCAGAACACACCAUAUCCCAUCUGUCUAUGCUUUUUGGUUUUCCAGAGGUCAUUGCAGAGCUAUCAUAUUUUACCGAAGAAGAAAACUCAUCUUCGAUGAAAAAGUUCAUGGAAGUCUGGCUAUCAUAUUGUCGAGCAUAUAAUGGGGGACCUGAUGUUCAGCGCAAAGAAUUCGGCUUUGAAUUCCCCGAUCAUGCGACUUGGAGGCAAAGUCACUCCACCCUCACAGCGUUUGCAGCUGUGGAACAAAACAGUGACUAUCUUGCAAAAGUGGCCUGGGAUCAAUUUUUCGAUUCAGAUGGAUACACAGACCAUCUAGAUUGGACUGUUCUCAAAACUUCACCUCCGGAAUAUUUCAGCGCAGGCGAGGAGGCUCCUUGGGUCAGCACGAAUGAGACGGCGCGCUAUGGCGUCUCUGCUAUCUCGAACUUGGCGAAUAUUGGGGAAUAUUUGAAACAUAGCUAA